AUGUACCUUGAUUUAUGUCAUGCAUGCUAUCUGCACGCAUCAGCAUGAAUCCGGUUUGUAACAUGUGCAACUGGUGCAUGACCUGUUGGGUUUCUGUUGAUUAUGUACAGGCAAUAUUACUGCGAUUCCGAGCACCUGCCGGGCAGUGCAGGAGAAGCUAUGGACGGACCUUGACAACACUUCGCGCAAAUUCUCUCCAAGUGGGAUGCGAAUUGAGGGCUGGGAAUCCAUCCCACCUGCCGAGUAUGCGCUGUUGCAGGUCCUUGCCAACCAGCCGGUGGUAGCGCUGUUGCAUGCUAGUCAAGACUGGUUCUCCUAUUGGGGCCAGGGCCAGGUGUACAACGGCAACUGCUCUUCAGACCCUUCCAAGUCCACCCACGCGGUAGUGAUUGUCGGGUACACACCUGAAACGUUCAUAAUCAGGAACUCGUGGGGCUCCGACUGGGGUGAUGGUGGCUACAUGCACAUGGUCCGUCAGGGCAACUCGUCGCUUGCUGGGCGCCUGAAUAAGUGCGGGAUCCUGAACGCACUGACAUACCCCACACUCAAGCCAGUGCCGCCGGAGAAGCGUGGCGAAUUGCUCCGUCGGGGCUGGUGUACAGCCGAGGAGCAAGUCAAGGCCGGCGGUUCUACAGCUCAGCAGCUCGCAGACAUCCAUGACGUCACCGUCAAUGAGCUGAUCCAUGUCAACACCCACUUUCCGGCGGACCCGGAUGCCCCAAUCGAGGCCAACACACGCUACUUCAUCCCGCCCUGCUCCGUCAACCCGCCGCGCCCUCCUGUUCCGGACCCCGCGUGUGGCACACGCAUCGUGCUGCAGCUGCAAAAUGACGGCGCGCGCACGCGCAUACAGCUCGGGCAGCCCACAAACCCGCCGCCAGUGUCAGAUCCUGCUGCAGCUUCUGCUCUGCCAUUCACAUCGCCAGCAUCGGCACGCUGUGGCGGCACCGGCACAGAGGAGCGUUUCUCGGCCACGUGCCCGCCGGGUGCAUACGUAACUGGCUUCCGUGGCCGGGCCUGGGCGGGGCAGCCGGAGCUCGAAAGCUGUGUGCUGGCAGCUCUGACUAGCCAGCAGAGCAACCCGGAGAGCAGCAUUCUGUACAGCCAGCUUGUCAACCUGCGGGACCGCAUUGUACGCACCAUUCUCGAUCAGGCGGCUGCGACGGCUGACCCCGCCUGGAAUGGGCUAUUCACGGUGCGCAGCGUCAUUAAGUAGUUGUGAUGUUACUUCCUUGCGUGCUCUAUUUGCUUGGCUAAAUAUGGUACGUAGGUGCUUGCCACGUACGUGCGCGCGCGGUAGGUGAACAUAUGUACAGCUGGACACAACUACGGUACAUAAGAAAGUUGGCCGCCUUCACUCAACUUUCCUCGCUCGCUACCCUUUGAUUGCUGCUGCUUGCUGCAGUCGGUGGAUCUGGUGUGCAGUGACGGCAGCGUGCAGCCCACCGGCCGCAGCACCGGCGCUGACUACGAUUUGAGGAAUGGGGACGGCUUGGACUGGCAGGAGCAGGAUUGCCUGGGCGGAUUUGAUUUGGCAAGGUCACAAGUGCGACGGACACCUUACACACGCCUGCAGCUCUACCUGAGGUAGGUGUGGUAUGAGGCAUUCCUCUGCUAUGUAUGCGUACCGAGCGAGCACGUGCGUGUGUAUGUUCCGGCUAGAGAGAUGGGGCAUGCGAGCAUGUGAUAGACAUACACCGGCA